CCCGUUUAAAGUGUGUCUGAAGCUUCACUUAAGGUCUAGUCUCUCUGUUGGGGUGCACACGGAUUGACCACUCCUUUGGGCUUGUUUUCCGUGGAUAAUUGGGGAAAAGCUAAUCCAUAAAUAUGACUGACGCUCAACAAGAAGCCCGCUCCUACUUGAGCGAGGAGAUGUUGGCUGAGUUCAAGGCCGCCUUUGACAUGUUUGACACUGAUGGUGGUGGUGACAUCAGCACCAAGGAGUUGGGUACCGUGAUGAGGAUGCUGGGACAGAACCCGACGAAACAAGAGUUGGAUGAGAUCAUUGAGGAGGUCGAUGAGGAUGGUAGCGGUACCAUCGACUUUGAGGAGUUCUUGGUCAUGAUGGUGAGGCUGCUAAAGGAAGACCAGGCCGGCAAGAGCGAGGAAGAGUUGGCAGAGUGCUUCCGUGUGUUCGACAAGAACGGCGAUGGCUACAUCGACAGAGAAGAGUUCAGCCUUAUCAUCCGCAGCACUGGUGAGGCCGUCACAGACGAGGAGAUUGAUGAGCUGCUGAAGGAUGGCGACAAGAAUGCUGACGGCAUGCUGGACUAUGACGAAUUCCUCAAGAUGAUGGAGAAUGUGCAGUAAAACCAGAGACUCAUGGACAUUCCUCCUCCCCCAUGAACAACCCCAACCCCAACCCCAACCCCAACCCCACCAUCCACUGACCCAUUAAAAACACCCCAAUACUCACCCUGUUCACCCCUGUCCAGCUGGUUCACUGCCUCUUCUCCAUCCUUACAGACACCCUCAACAGACAGCUAGGGUGUCCGCCGGGGGUCGUUGGCUGCACUUGACUACUCCCUAGCUCGUUUGUGCAUGCACAACUCAUCACGAUUCUGCGCCGAAACUAGACCCUGUGUCAGGAAGACGAAGCUGCAACUGAGAAAUUCACUGCACAGGACACAACUUUGCAGCACGCAUGAUGUAACAGGCGAGUGGCAUCAGUGACCCCCAUGUGUAGACUCUGCUGGUAAAGCUCUGAGCCUAGAUAGAUUAGCAGCCUGUUACCUGCUGCCUAGACCAAGUCAUUCAACAGCUUCACUGUACAAAGAGGUCAUUUGCUUGAACAGAAUAAAUGAACUAACAC